UUUAGUAUAACAGUAUUUUGUUACAAAUUCGAUAUUUUUCGCUUUAAAAAUCUCAUCCAUCUGUAAACCACCAGAACGGUGCUGGUUUCGGUUACGCGCAGCACGGGCCACACGGGAAUAAUGCACUUUACACGCUAAUUAAACUCACUGGUUGAAGCACAUCCGCUAUCGCACAUAACCCAUUGCCCAAGCAGUUCCACGCUUGGUUCGUGAACGUACGAGCGCGUGUACGAAACACCACGCGCCUCCAUCGGCACCCAGCGCAGUGGGGGGUUCAUUCGGGUUCGGGAUUGUAGCGAGUUCGUGCGCUUCGUACGAUCGUACAUCGGGAAGCUUAUUUGCCGAAGUUGGGCACCAUCCUGACAAAGCUUGUCGUGCUGCAAAAACCCCACGACAUUCAGUCAGUUGCGUUCGAAGCGUGGAGCAUGAACUGUUCUUGUGGCGGCACAGCACAUUUACGAAGUCCUUUUUUUUCGCCCCCCCCCCCCCCCCACGCGCGGGCCCAUGUAACGGUUUCUUGGUUCUGUGGUUUUGUUGCUAAAUAGUUCAUUGGAUGCAGUUCGUGGUGUUGUGCGAAGCAAUGGGAGGUUGGUGUUGAUAAAUUAUUUAAAAGCAGCUAAAAACGGCACACCGAUCAAUGGAAAUUGGUACGAUUCGAAUGUGUUUCCACCGAAGGAAGUAAAUGGUUGGUGAUGAACGCGUACGUGUGUGUGUGUGUGUGUGUGUGUGUUUUUUUUAUCUGUGAGUAAUAUAUGAACCAAGCAGAAAGGAUACAAAUGACCUGCAUGUGAUCUGUUUCGUCCGUCCGAUGGAUAUCCAUUUACCAAACGGAAGUGUAUAGCUCGAACGCAUCAUUAAGUGAGCUGCCAUAGUGUAAAAAUUUUCUCUAAUUUUCACCUUACUGUACGCAAUUCCUGCGGCACAAUGAGCAGCGUGGUUCAUACAAAGGGAAGAUCUCACCCGCGCGCGCGGAAGCGUUAAAAUGUGAAUGCAUUUCCGGAAACGGUGCAAGCUGGGCACCGUGCUUUUGUUCGCACCUGGCGACCGGUGUGUAGUAUAUCGCGGAUGCAUCACCGAAUGCAUCGCCGUGCGAGAUCAUCGCUAUCAUCGGCGGGACUGCUAAAAGGCACAAAGGUUCACACCGCACACAAAGAGCAUUGAAUCAUGCUGCUCACCAACACAGCCGAGCGCGCGCACUCUCACUUUUGUCCCAAUUGCAGCAGCGCCGGUGCAUUCCUGCUUCGCACACAGUCGGAUGUGUACACUUUGGGGAUACAGCUCUCCCGGAACUUGGGCCCGGGUACGCUUUCCAGUCACUUGUGACACUGAGCUGGUUGAGAGCGAAAAAUAGCCAACAUCGUCACUGGGCUUGUGUGUGUGUGUGUGUGUGUGUGCUGGUGUGUAUGUAUGAAUUGGUGCAUAUGUGUAUGUGUGUGUGUAUAAGGAGUGCCGAAGGAUGUUUAGUGGUAUCGUUGCAUCUUAACGUUUGUUCACUACAUGCAUAGUGCCAGAGCACAGGUUUUUAAAGUUGUUUAUAUCGUUGAUGCAAAUAAAAUGAAGUGAAAUUACGAACUAACCAAACAGCAACAAAAAAAGGGAAAAUAAAAAGAAAACUGAAAAGCACUACAUACCCGUCGUGCGGAGUUGAAAUGAGCUUGUUGACAACGCAUCGUUAGCAUGGAAGCAGUGAAGUGGUUUUGCGCGCAACUUGUUAUAAUACGGCCCGUGGUAGACAAACUGGAUUAAAAAGGAUGUGUAUACAAUUGGUACCGUAGCAGCUACGAAACAAAAAGUACCAAGGAAUUCUAGUGCUAGCAUCCCUUACAAAACAUUCCGGAUGUCAUCGUCCGGAAAGGGCAACAAUUGUGUCGUGUGCUGAAGGUGCUGCAAUCGUGUGCUAGAAGUGCCUGUUGCCGGAACGGGGUUUCACUAUUAUCACCAACAAAGCCAAAGGACGCAGUCAAGGGUGGGAUUGGUGCUGCAGCUUCACGCUUUACAUUUGCCGUACUGCCGAAGAACAUGGGUCGCCCGUACUACGAUGAUCCGGUGGAAAUGUGGCUCUGGUCGUCUACGAAACCCGUGCACGUUGUUCGGCUAUCGACGGUUCCUUUUCCGGAAUGGUUUCCCGGCACGGUAACGCUGGCUAGUGCGACCGUCGGUGCGGGUGCACACAGUACGGCCGGCAGUUUAAGUCGUCCAGCUGGUUACGCCGGCUACGUUAGCUACAUGAAACGAUUUAAUUUCACUGCAAACCUCGACUCCAUCGAUGACCGGUCCGGUGCGAACGUCGAUAUUGGGGAUCAGAUUGCUGUCGACGAUGACGAUGGGUCACUGGCAUUGCAUAACUACUGGGCCCUGCUUGCAAUUAUACUCGUGUUCGGUACGGCCGCCGGUAACAUACUCGUCUGUCUUGCCAUCGUCUGGGAGCGACGGUUGCAGAACGUCACCAACUAUUUUCUGAUGUCACUGGCCAUUACGGAUCUGAUGGUUGCUCUGUCGGUGAUGCCGCUAGGAAUACUGACGCUGGUCAAAGGGCACUUUCCGCUCGAUUCCGAAUACUGUCUGGUUUGGAUCUGUUUGGAUGUUUUAUUUUGCACCGCUAGCAUAAUGCACCUGUGCACCAUAUCAGUUGAUCGGUAUCUUUCCCUGCGCUAUCCCAUGAAGUUUGGGCGAAACAAAACGCGACGACGUGUCGUGUUGAAGAUAAGCUUCGUAUGGUUGCUUUCGAUUGCGAUGAGUCUCCCAUUAAGUUUAAUGUAUUCUAAGAACCAUGCAUCGGUGCUAGUGAAUGGAACGUGCCAAAUACCGGACCCGGUAUACAAGCUGGUCGGAUCCAUUGUAUGCUUUUAUAUACCGCUCUGUGUUAUGUUGAUAACCUACACGCUAACCGUACGUCUGUUGGCGCAGCAGAGCGAGAAUCUGGGGGGUCCCGGUAGUGGUGGUGGAUGGUCCAGUGGGUGGUUGGGCCAAGCGCCGGCAUUUGAUCGGCGAAAUACAUGGAAACGAAUAAUUAAGCUCAGUUUACCGACGGCUCAGAACCCACACGCACAUUCCGCUGCCUCGACCGAUACGGAACUUUCCACGCUGGAUAAUCAUGAUCUUUGGUUGCUAGAGUCCAGCAUUCCAGAACCGAGCUCCAUUACGAUGACGGCAAUGCAGCGAUUUGGUGAAGAAAUGCUGAAACUUUCUCAAGGACUAGAAUCCGUAGCGCAACACAGCGAUCGUCAUCUAGCUGCAAGUGGCAACUCACGAUCACCGGAGCGUAAUCGUGAAGGAGAAUUGUUUCGUAAAAAACCAAGCACGAGAAAUACAGCAGGAACAGCGACGAUGGCCACUAUCCGCUCUCCGGUACCGGCGAAAAAACGACGCAGUUCCACCUCUACCUGGAUCAAUCGGCGAAAUUCUGGUACGCCCCCACCAGUUCGGUUAGUUCGGAAGCGUUUCAAGAGUUUACCACACGCGAUCCCUCCAUCGGAAUCGGACGAAAUCGAAGUGGAUGAACAGUUCAUGCAAGACGUUCUGCUGGAGUUACGGGAAAGGGAGGAUAAGUCGACGCUUGAAACUUCCCGGAAAAAGGAACUUCAGCUGGUGGAGGAGGUUGAAUCUUCCACUGCAACCAACAGCCGUCAACCCGAUGGUGAUGAUACGUGCAGCGAAGGUGUCAGUUCUCAUCCACUAUCGCAAAGCCAUGCGGGACAUAGUUUAAAGCUUCCACCACCGUGCAAAUGUCCGUUCUUCGGUGAAGGUGCGUCCAACCGUCACCAGUACCUUCGCCCGGCAGAAAUUAAAAUCGUAAAGACAAGUUCCGACUUCAGCUCGAUAGCGGCCACCGGUGAUAGUCUCGUGUACAGCACGAUCUCCAUUUCGUCCAGCUCCAACGUAACCUCACAACCGACGCGAUCCAUUUCGAGCAGCCUUUCAACGUUGCCUGCCUCGGCCCUAGCAUCGCCGAGCAGGAAAUGCAGCGCCCCGAAAGGUAUUUCCGUCGUGACCUGGGAUCAACGACGUCAUCAGCGGCGCGGUUCCAGCUUUGGUGGGGCGAGAACUUCACUGCUUCUCACACCGACGAAGGCAAGCCCAUCGAGCGUAUCCUUAAGACGUUCGAUCAACCUUCGCCAUUCCACGCUCGACGGAGGCAGUGUAGCCGGCAGUGGCGAAACCAUGUUCCGUGGGGCACCCAAGAAGAACAGUUCCUCACCGUGUCUGAUGCAGCAUCAGACGGGUAGCGGUGGUGCAACGGUAGCGAUGAUGGCAGUCGCAGCAGCCACCUCGACAGUGCCAACGAUGGCUACGACAACGAUGACCGUCCGGUCGCAUCAUUCGCGCAACUCGAGCAUGAUCUCGCGCAACUCUUCCCGUCACGGGCGCAUCAUUCGACUGGAGCAGAAAGCCACCAAGGUGCUCGGGGUGGUGUUUUUUACCUUCGUUAUACUGUGGGCGCCCUUUUUCGUGCUCAAUCUGCUGCCGAGCGUGUGCAAACACUGUGAGGAUAACAUUGACCAGUGGGUGUUUGAGUUUGUGACCUGGCUCGGGUACGCCAGCAGUCUGGUCAAUCCGAUUUUCUACACCAUUUUCAACAAGGCAUUUCGAGACGCGUUCCGCAAGGUGUUGCUGUGCCGGUACGGAUUGAAGACACGCCAUUGGCAACCGAACAGCUAGUACGCCGCGGUCCCUGGACGGUUGGACCAUAGUGAACCAGUGUAAGUCAUGGCAACCGACUAUUUUAUGUGUAAUGGCCAUCUUCUUCCUCCCAAGCUCAUCUCUCUACUCCUGUGAACGGUUUCGGUCUUUGGUGGUGAAACGUUUUGAUACUUACAUAGGGACUCGUUACUGUCGUUGUGUGCACGUAGCUCGACGACAAUACGGGGCCAUCAUGGCAGACGAUGAUGACGUGGACGCGACGGUAGAUAUAUUGAACGGUGUAUGUGGUGUUAACUUAGCAAUAAAUGUUUUAUAUCCUCUUCGUAGUAAA